AUGCAUUUGCAUUUCGAGAAGAACAACAAUGCGAAGUGCGACUGCAAUAUCCUGUCCCUCAGCUGGAUGGGAAAAGUACCGGAUGAGUUGCCGGAGGACGAAGGCUGGAAGCUGAAUCGCACUAAUUACUAUCAAGAAGGAUGGCUGGCUACGGGUAACGCUCGAGGAUUGGUCGGCGUUACGUUUACUACCUCGCAUUGUCGCACCAGAGCAACAGAACUACCCCUUAGAGCGAAUUAUAACCUCAGAGGUCACAGAAGCGAGGUGAUACUCGUAAAAUGGAACGAGCCUUAUCAAAAGUUGGCUUCCUGCGACAGUUCAGGAGUAAUUUUUGUGUGGAUCAAAUACGAAGGGAGAUGGAGCAUAGAAUUAAUAAACGAUAGAAGCACACCAGUCACCCAUUUUUCUUGGUCACACGAUGGAAGAAUGGCUCUCAUAUGUUAUCGGGAUGGUUUUGUACUGGUGGGAAGUGUUGCUGGGCAAAGGUACUGGUCGUCAAUGCUCAAUGAUAAGGCGAUAAUAACUUGCGGCAUAUGGACACCUGAUGAUCAGCAGGUCUAUUUUGGAACGACUGCUGGGCAAUUAAUCGUAAUGGAUGUUCAUGGGGCGAUGGUUUCUGAAGUUCAGUUAGGUGCUGGGGUAACAUCAAUGGCUUGGAGUGCCGAAAAAUUUAAAAUGGAAGAAGGCGAAGAUGAUGUGACUGAUGAAAGGAGUUAUGUAUUAGCAGUUUGCCUUGCCGACGGAAACAUUGUAAUGUUGAAAUCUUUUGACGAUGUGUCGCCCAUUACGAUAAAGACGAGCCUAAAGGCGCCUUUACACGCAGAAUGGAGCAAUUCGAGAAAGCUCUUAGCAAUUGCUGGGAUUAAAGAGCCCGAUGUCUUUCAAUCUACCCCUCAGGUGUAUACGAAUCUCUUGAAAUUUUAUUCGGAUACAGGGGUGCUCGUUUACUCAACUGCUAUUCCAUACACGCAGUGUCCGGUAUCGGCUUUGACAUGGGGUCAUAAUGACAGGAGGCUUUUCGUAGCAACGGGUGCACGCGUUCAUGCUGCCUGGGUUUCUAGGAGGGUAGGAUCGCUUCAGCUUCUGUCUCGACUCGCUGUAAGGGCAGCCCUCACUAAAGAAUCCAGUGUACAACAACUACCACUACCACCAAGACUGAGGGCGCUAGUCGCUGCACUCUUUGCGAGCACGAUACGAUGCUGCGUGCCAGAACCGAGAGAUUUGAGAAGAUUCGUUUCGAGGCCACCACCAGGAGGUGGAAGGCUUCACUGUACGAUGCUGAGACACGCUGGAGAACCCGCACCCUGUUACACCCUUUAUUUGGAAUAUUUGGGCGGCCUAAUACCACUUCUGAAGGGAAGAAGAACCAGUAAAAUUCGUCCGGAGUUUGUGAUAUUUGAUCCUCAAAGCCAAGGCUCUUGCCAUUUUCUCGAGUUUCCGACUUCCUCUCAGUAUCCGAUGUUUAGCGAUGGAUCUGAUACAGAAAGGGAUACUGCUGAUUUAUGUGGAUCACCAAGAAACAGGCGGAAAAACAAAAGAAGACGAGAGGAAAAAUACUGUGAAGAAACAGACGAUCUUGCUUAUGUUGAUACUUUACCUGAACAUGCUCGGUUGGUCGAAGUCACAUCAAACAUCUGGGGCACCAAAUUCAAAAUUCACGGUUUAGCUGAUUCCAUACCAGCAAACUUGGGCCAAGUGACUUACAGAACAUCUUUAUUGCAUUUGCAACCACGACAAAUGACCCUAGUUAUUACCGAACUUCGGGAUGAUUUACCUGCAGGUCCAGACCCCAGUUUCAACCCGAACCUAUUCUCGGAAGACGAGGAGGAAACAUUCCAAGAACCACAGAGUGCAUCCAGAAAUUCCACAGAAGUUCAACCACCACCCAUAGCUCCGAUGACUCCUCGAGCAACCAGACUAAGUUCGACUCGACCAAAAUCACAAAUAUCUAAUCAAUUUUUAGCCAACGAUUCACUUUCUCCAGCUUUAGCUCGAGCCGAGAGUUACGAAGACGAGUUUCCUUAUGGAGAUCUACAAGACAUGGUUUUGUGUGAAAACAUGAGGUUUUCUUCUAACAACACCUAUCGGACGCCUCCUAGACACAACGCUCCAAGAUGCUGUGACGUUCCAGCUCUCCAGUCUCCUAAAAACGCAGUAGCUCCAACCCAGACUCUAAUAGCUACUUCCAAUCCAAGCACAGAUUUCACUGGCAGUAUCCAGAGGGUAAAAACCGCGUUAGCUGAUCAAACUAACAUGAAUAUAAAAAAGGAAUUAGAACACAACAAAAUAAACCAGAUUACUGAUGAGAAGCUUGGAAAUUGUCACUCUAUUAUUCCCACGUCUAUCCAGAAUGGUCAGAUGUCCAAUGGAAGCAGCCUUCGGUCUCAAAAUUCGAUUUUACACGGCCUCAGCACCAGUAGUGGCUGCACCCAAACCCAACCAAUUUAUUUCAAUGGUGUUAGUGGAUCCAGUUGUUCCAACAGUGGGUCGAGUAACCAGAGUGCCAUUCAAGCUUCUCAAAAUUUUGUACAGUCGAAAAAUAGUUUUAAUAGUGGGACGAGUACCUUGAGUGGUAGUUUGUCUUCUCCAAAUGGUUCUCAAGUGAGGGAUAAGAUUGGUGCGACUAAUGGUGCGAUUUCACCCACUUCUUCUCAGCAAGUUGAUGGGAUAUCGAGUCAGAACAAUGUUGGUCAGUAUCUCUGUCAGUGCACGCUGAAGAGGAAGGAUGGCAAGAGUAGCAACUGUUGUGGAAAAUUAAACUCGCCUCAUCAAUCCACAAAACCAGAUGACUGUAAAUACCUCGACGAAGAGGCCCGCCUAGACUUCGAGGGUCUGAGUCAACCCCGAGCAGUUCAUAGGACUCCAACGGUGAUGAGCAUCGGUCCUCUUUGCUCUGCUGAUUCCAUAGUUAGAAGUUGCAGCGUUGGAUAUUUGGAUUUGGUGGAUGCUCAGCUAGUUCCUUGCGAUGUGGCCUUGAAGAUGCUCAGGAAGGAUGCACCUAACAAAAGGUUGAUCCUAGUUUCAAGGAAACCAAAAAAGAGAAGAAAGAAUAAAGUACAGAAUGAGAUUGGUCAGCAGAAUGCAAAACCACCGCGACUCAGGAAUUGUGGAAAAUCUAGAAGCCUUGAUUCGAGUGAUAUAUUCCCAAGCACAGAGCAGAUAUCUUUGCCACCGAAGUUACCAGAACAUGCAGAAGAACAGGGAAAUGGGAAUUAUGAAGGAAAUGAGAAUGAUAACAAUGAUGUUGAGGUCAAAGAAGUUAUAGAAGAAAGUUGUAGCAAGCUGGAAGAAAGUCAACCGAAAAGGGAGUCUUUGGAAGUUAAGGAGAAAGCGGGCCAGUUGGAAGCAUGUGCCUCUCCUGCUAGAGGAUCGAGUCACAGUGGUUCGGUGGCUUCGUCUCUAGAUGGAUUAGCUGCAAGACUCAGAGAUUUUGAUGAAAGUCAUUCUCUACCACCACCAUCACCUCGUCCUUCUUCAAGAUUGCCAAGGAGUUCACCUAGCAGUCCAGCUCCAUCCAAAAAAGGAAAAAGACCAGCCUCGGCUUCUCCUAUUAGAAGAAGACUUCUUUCGAGUCCUUUGUUGAAUAGAAGAGGAAGAAGAAAUCGAACUGAAAGUUCAGAUGAUGAGGGUCCGGCGCAGGAUGAAACUUCGAGAAGCUACCGUAAUUUAGAAACUUUCCAGAAGGCACAACUUCGACAGAAGUUGAAACAAAGAGGAGCGGGUGCCGGGCACAAACCGGAAGUAGUUCGGCGGGAGCUGGUUAUGCACAACAAGGCACCGAUGUGGAACGAAUCAAGUCAAGUUUAUCAACUCGAUUUCGGUGGAAGAGUCACGCAAGAAAGUGCGAAAAAUUUCCAGAUCGAAUUCAGAGGAAAACAGGUGAUGCAGUUUGGAAGAAUAGACGGAAAUGCCUACACACUGGAUUUCCAGUACCCCUUCAGCGCCUUGCAAGCUUUUGCCGUUGCCUUGGCGAACGUUACGCAACGGCUCAAGUAACCAUCACUCCCCAGUUGUGAAUUUGAUAUACAUCUAUACGAAAUUUGGAAUACGAAUACUAGUCAAGUAAAGAAAAAUAUUGAACUCAGCACGACACUGACUGAAGAGUUCCAUUGAUGAAGAGGAAACAUGAAGGAAUGGUCGAUACUUAAUUUUGGAAAUCUUAGCCCGUUAGGUAUUCAAGUGUUAUGAAGCGUGAAAAGCAUUAUUUUCUCUUUCUAUGUGUACACCACUAACAGUUCCUUUUCGAAGUAAUGAGAAUUUAAUUUUCUCGCGAAUUAAAAAAGUCCGGAAAAUAAAAAAGAUUUCAAUCCAGCGAAUUUCAAGUAGGAUUUUUCCGAUUUUUGCACAAAAAAAAGCUUUCUUUAGCAUACGUAGAUCCAACUACCGUCCAGAACACGCACACGGCAGUAAAAUAGGAAAUUGAGGUUCAACGCCAUUUAGAGCCCACACUGCUGGGCCGAUUUCGUAAUAUUUUAAAAUAAAAAACAGGUAAACUCUUGAGAAUUUUUUUGGGCCGUUUAUUGAAAAUCAAUGUUUGGUAAGCAUCAUUUAUUAUUUUUUUGUUUUAAGGUAUAGAAAUAGUGUACUUACAUUUAUUGAAGAGAGUGUAAUAUUCUGGAUAAAGUUCCAUUGCUUCCUUCAUUGUUAAAAAAGGAAUGAACAACAAUUAAAUUGUCUUGUAUUUUAAAGCCUGGGAGCAUUUUUCUUUCCGAUUUUCUUGUAGAAUCAUGAAAAAUUAAUGUCUUGUUACAACUAAACACUGGAAUAUUACAUAAUUAAUUUUCAUAAACAAUGGUUA